GUUAGUGUCUGAGGAGCUUCCGGGAGCCACGGCCUCCGGUAGCUGACGUGGAGCCUUUGGGAGGGCAACCGGGAGCGGCGGGACCGGGUUGUCGAACCUGGGAGCCGGAGGCCUGAAGGAUGCUGACCAAAUUCGAGACCAAGAGCGCGCGGGUCAAAGGCCUUAGUUUUCAUCCCAAAAGACCCUGGAUCCUGACCAGUUUACACAAUGGGGUCAUCCAGUUAUGGGACUAUCGGAUGUGUACUCUCAUUGACAAGUUUGAUGAACAUGAUGGUCCAGUGCGAGGCAUUGACUUCCAUAAGCAGCAGCCACUGUUCGUCUCUGGAGGAGAUGACUAUAAGAUUAAGGUUUGGAAUUACAAACUUAGGCGUUGCCUCUUCACGUUGCUUGGGCACUUGGAUUAUAUCCGUACCACAUUUUUUCAUCAUGAAUAUCCUUGGAUUCUGAGUGCCUCAGAUGACCAGACCAUUCGAGUGUGGAACUGGCAGUCUAGAACCUGUGUCUGUGUGUUAACGGGACACAACCAUUAUGUAAUGUGUGCUCAGUUCCACCCCUCUGAGGACCUGGUGGUGUCAGCUAGCCUGGACCAGACUGUUCGCGUUUGGGAUAUUUCUGGUCUAAGGAAAAAAAAUUUGUCUCCUGGUGCUGUGGAGUCAGAUGUGAGAGGAAUAACUGGGGUUGACCUGUUCGGAACUACAGAUGCAGUGGUGAAGCAUGUACUCGAGGGUCAUGAUCGUGGAGUAAACUGGGCUGCCUUCCACCCCACUAUGCCCCUGAUUGUAUCUGGGGCAGACGACCGGCAAGUGAAGAUCUGGCGCAUGAAUGAAUCAAAGGCAUGGGAGGUUGACACCUGCCGGGGCCAUUACAACAAUGUGUCUUGUGCUGUUUUCCACCCUCGCCAAGAGUUGAUCCUCAGCAAUUCUGAGGACAAGAGUAUUCGAGUCUGGGAUAUGUCUAAGCGGACUGGGGUUCAGACUUUCCGCAGGGAUCAUGAUCGUUUCUGGGUCCUAGCUGCUCAUCCCAACCUUAACCUGUUUGCAGCAGGCCAUGAUGGUGGGAUGAUUGUGUUUAAGCUGGAACGUGAGCGUCCAGCCUAUGCUGUGCAUGGCAAUAUGCUGCAUUAUGUAAAGGACCGAUUCCUACGUCAGCUGGAUUUCAACAGCUCCAAAGAUGUAGCUGUGAUGCAACUGAGGAGUGGUUCUAAGUUUCCAGUGUUCAACAUGUCAUACAAUCCAGCAGAAAAUGCAGUCCUACUGUGCACUAGAGCAAGCAAUUUAGAGAAUAGUACCUACGAUCUCUACACCAUCCCCAAAGAUGCAGACUCCCAGAAUCCUGAUGCCCCUGAAGGGAAACGAUCCUCAGGCCUGACAGCGGUUUGGGUUGCUCGGAAUCGGUUUGCUGUCCUAGAUCGCAUGCAUUCGCUUCUGAUAAAGAAUCUGAAGAAUGAGAUCACCAAAAAAAUCCAGGUGCCCAACUGUGAUGAAAUCUUCUAUGCUGGCACUGGCAACCUCCUGCUUCGGGAUGCAGAUUCCAUUACACUCUUUGAUGUCCAGCAAAAGCGGACUCUAGCAUCAGUGAAGAUUUCCAAGGUGAAAUAUGUUAUCUGGUCAGCAGACAUGUCUCAUGUAGCGCUGCUGGCCAAACAUGCCAUUGUGAUCUGUAACCGCAAGCUGGAUGCUCUGUGUAACAUUCAUGAGAACAUUCGUGUCAAGAGUGGGGCCUGGGAUGAGAGUGGGGUGUUUAUCUAUACCACAAGCAACCACAUCAAAUAUGCCGUCACCACUGGGGACCACGGCAUCAUCCGGACUCUGGAUUUACCCAUCUAUGUCACAAGAGUGAAGGGCAACAAUGUCUACUGCCUGGACAGGGAGUGUCGGCCUCGGGUGCUCACCAUCGACCCCACUGAGUUCAAGUUCAAGCUGGCCCUGAUCAACAGAAAGUAUGAUGAGGUGCUGCACAUGGUGAGGAACGCCAAGCUGGUCGGCCAGUCAAUCAUUGCCUAUCUCCAGAAGAAGGGUUAUCCGGAAGUGGCCCUGCAUUUUGUAAAGGAUGAGAAAACUCGCUUCAGCCUGGCUCUGGAGUGCGGAAACAUAGAGAUUGCUCUAGAAGCAGCCAAAGCCCUGGAUGACAAGAACUGCUGGGAGAAGCUGGGAGAAGUGGCCCUGCUGCAGGGCAAUCACCAGAUAGUAGAAAUGUGCUAUCAGCGUACCAAAAACUUCGACAAACUUUCCUUCUUGUACCUUAUUACCGGCAACCUGGAGAAACUUCGCAAGAUGAUGAAGAUUGCUGAGAUCCGAAAGGACAUGAGUGGCCAUUAUCAGAAUGCCCUGUACCUGGGUGAUGUGUCAGAGAGGGUGCGAAUCCUGAAGAACUGUGGACAGAAGUCCCUGGCCUAUCUCACAGCUGCUACACAUGGCUUAGAUGAAGAAGCUGAAAGUCUGAAGGAAACAUUUGAUCCCGAGAAGGAGACAAUCCCAGACAUCGAUCCUAAUGCCAAGCUGCUCCAGCCGCCUGCACCUAUCAUGCCGUUGGAUACUAAUUGGCCCUUACUGACUGUGUCCAAGGGGUUCUUUGAAGGCUCCAUUGCCAGCAAGGGGAAGGGAGGAGCAUUGGCUGCUGACAUUGACAUUGACACUGUUGGUACUGAAGGCUGGGGAGAGGAUGCGGAACUGCAGCUAGAUGAAGAUGGAUUUGUGGAGGCUUCAGAAGGUUUGGGAGAGGAUGCUCUUGGCAAGGGACAAGAAGAAGGAGGUGGCUGGGAUGUAGAAGAAGAUUUGGAGCUCCCACCAGAGCUGGAUGUACCCUCUGGGGUCGCCAGUGGUGCUGAAGAUGGGUUCUUUGUGCCCCCAACCAAGGGAACGAGCCCAACUCAAAUCUGGUGUAAUAACUCUCAGCUUCCAGUUGAUCACAUCCUGGCAGGUUCUUUUGAAACAGCCAUGCGGCUUCUUCAUGACCAGGUGGGAGUAAUCCAAUUUGGCCCCUAUAAGCAACUGUUCCUACAGACAUAUGCUCGAGGCCGUACCACCUACCAAGCACUGCCCUGCUUGCCGUCCAUGUAUAGUUACCCCAAUCGUAAUUGGAAGGAUGCAGGGCUAAAGAAUGGUGUACCAGCUGUAGGCCUAAAGCUUAAUGACCUGAUCCAGCGAUUGCAACUGUGCUACCAGCUUACCACAGUUGGCAAGUUUGAAGAAGCUGUGGAAAAAUUCCGUUCCAUCCUGCUCAGUGUGCCUCUUCUUGUUGUGGACAAUAAACAGGAGAUUGCAGAGGCCCAGCAGCUCAUCACCAUCUGCCGUGAAUACAUUGUGGGUUUGUGCAUGGAGAUAGAAAGGAAGAAGCUGCCUAAGGAAAGCCUAGAGCAGCAGAAGCGCAUCUGCGAGAUGGCAGCCUAUUUCACACACUCAAACCUCCAGCCUGUGCAUAUGAUCCUGGUGCUUCGGACAGCCCUCAACCUUUUCUUCAAGCUCAAGAACUUCAAGACAGCGGCCACCUUUGCCCGGCGCUUACUGGAACUUGGGCCCAAGCCUGAAGUGGCCCAACAGACCAGAAAAAUCCUGUCUGCCUGUGAGAAGAACCCCACAGAUGCCUGCCAGCUCAGUUACGACAUGCACAACCCCUUUGACAUUUGUGCUGCAUCUUACCGGCCCAUCUACCGUGGGAAACCGGUGGAGAAGUGUCCACUCAGUGGGGCCUGCUAUUCCCCCGAGUUCAAGGGGCAGAUCUGCCGGGUCACCACAGUGACGGAGAUUGGCAAAGAUGUGAUUGGUCUGAGGAUCAGUCCUCUUCAGUUUCGCUAAAGCCCCUUCAUGUGCAUGGGUUAAUCACUUAUUGUCCCUUCAGAGAAUCUAGCCCCCAGCCCGCCACUCUCCCCUUACAUUCACUCUUCAGCUUGUUGACAUCUGGUUCUCCCUAAAACUUCAUGUCCUUUCUCUUCUGUGGCAAAUCAGACUUUUCACGCUGGACUUUCUUGCUCCUGCAACCUCUCUCCUGAAGAUGACUGGUUGUGAUCAUAGAUGACUUUGAAUUUUAACUUGGGUCUUCCAAGGAACAAAUGAAAACUUUGUGCUGGACAUUUGUUUAGCAAAUUCUUUCAGUAUUUAUUCCUCUCUCACCCACCACCUUUGUUCCUAUGCCACUAGAAAACAGUGGAAUCUAAUAAAUGCUGUUUUUCCUCAGCCACAUGAAAUUCGUAACUAUCCCAUAUUUUCUUUGGGCAUUUAAUGUCAUCAAUAGGUUCCUUCCCACUGUAGGCCCAGACACUUGCAGGCUGAGAAGAAGUCUUUUAUUUAUUUUUUCUUUUUUUCAAAAUGUGUCAUUUUUCACUGAUUUGUUUCUGUCCUUUAUAACCAUUGUUCUUAUGUUUUGUGCUCACACUAAAUAAAGUAAAUUUCUAUGGAA